ACAUAAAAAGACUUGACUGCCCAACUUUUUUUUGUGACGGGGCUCAUCAGUCAGCUUCAACCUUAGCAAUAGCAUUAGCAGCAAUACCACGGUAACGUCGUCUUAAUGGCAGUUUCGAGUCAGCAUGGGCGACGCUGAGCAGGGCGACGGAGCCACGGAGGCCGAGCAGAGGCCACCGAGUAGCGGAGAUGAUAAGGUGGACGAGGCGCUGCGGCGCUGGAUGCGCUGGGACAAGAACGAGAGGACUCGGGCGCAAGCAGUUGCCUUGCUCGGGUCAGUGAGCGUAUCUGAGCUGCAGCACCGGUUCUGCUCCACAUUGACUUUUGGCACUGCCGGACUGAGAGCGCCAAUGGGAGCAGGGUUUAACCGCAUUAAUGACCUCACCGUCAUCCAGUCCACACAGGGGUUGUGCGCCUACCUGCUCAAGUGUGUUCCAGAUGCAGAGCGCAGAGGCGUAGUGGUGGGGUUUGACACCAGGGGGCAGCCGGAGAUCGGCUGCAGCAGUCAAUGGCUGGCGUCACUGACGGCGGCCGUGAUGCUAAGCAGAGAGGUCAGGGUGCAUCUCUUCUCUAGCUAUGUGCCAACGCCGUAUGUGCCCUUUGCCGUCAAGGAGCUGGGCGCGGCGGCGGGCGUGAUGAUCACUGCGUCUCACAAUCCCAAAGAAGACAAUGGCUACAAGGUGUACUGGUCUAACGGCGCUCAGGUGACGGCGCCUCACGACAGUGCCAUCCUGGCGAGCGUGAAGGAGCAUCAGGAGCCCUGGAGUGUUGCCUGCUGGGACGUCACGUUGGCACAGCGCAGCCCGCUGAGGAGUGACCCGCUGAGGCACGUGGACGCCGCCUUCAUGUGCGCCGUCGCUAACCUUUGCUGGCACAGGGAGGUGAAUUCCAGAUGUCCCCUCAAGUUUGUGCACUCAUCUUUCCACGGUGUUGCACAUGACUUCGUACAACGAGCCUUUGCCACCUUCGGGUUCCAUUCGCCGCCCAUUGCAGUCCCCGAGCAGAAAGACCCUGAUCCUCAAUUUCCAACUGUGCACGUUCCCAACCCCGAGGAGGGUCACUCCGUCUUGGAGCUGUCUUUCCGUCUGGCUGAACGUGAGCACGCCUCCGUGGUCCUGGCCACCGAUCCAGAUGCCGAUCGUCUAGCGGUGGCGGAGCUAAGCGACAGCGGUGAGUGGAAGGUUUUCUCGGGAAACGAGCUGGCGGCCCUGCUCGGGUGGUGGAUGUUGUCGUCGUGGAAGAGCAGGUGUGGCGACAGUGCCGACCUACGGGAUGUCUACAUGCUCACCACCGCCGUCUCCUCCAGGAUCCUCCACGCACUCGCCCGCCAGGAAGGAUUCCACGUGGAGGAAACACUUCCCGGCUUCAAGUGGAUCGGCAACAGAAUUCAGGAGCUCAGAGCAGAGGGAAAGACCGUCUUGUUCGCCUUCGAGGAGUCAAUUGGCUUCCUGUGCGGCAGUCUGAUUCCUGAGAAGGACGGAGUGAGCACAGCUGUCGUGGUAGCGGAGAUGGCCGCCUACCUCCAUGACAGGAAGCUCAAUCUCCAGCAGCAGCUGCACAACAUCUACCGCAUGUACGGUUAUCACAUGUCGCGGACAUCUUAUGUCAUCUGCAACGACGGCGUCACCAUCUGCCGCAUCUUUGCUCGCAUCAGAGACUUUGAUGGUAGCAGCUCGUAUCCGGACGCCUGCGGCGGCGUACGCGUCGUCCACGUGAGAGACGUCAACACGGGAUACGACAGCAGCCAGGCAGACGGCCGUUCGGUACUUCCCGUGAGCAGGAGUGGUCACAUGAUCACAUUCACGCUGGAGAACGGUGUCGUGGCCACGCUGAGGACGAGCGGCACCGAACCCAAAAUCAAAAUUUACACUGAACUGUGCGCCACGCCGGGAACCAGUGAGGUGUCUAACCUGGAGGUGGAGCUUCAGAAGGCGACUGAGGCGCUGCUGCGUGACUUCCUGGAGCCUGAAAAAAACAAAUUAAUUCGCCCUGCUGUCUAGCCGCACACCCCCUUCAUAAUGUCACUUCCUGUUCUGUUCCAUUGACUACCUAAAGAAUCAAAUGGCAAAGCUUGAAGUUGUUACGGUUGAGGUGACAAAUCCAAAGUGAAUGUUUACAUGCAUGGAGAUUGAAAAGAUGGACGAUAGCUUUAUUUAUUUUUCUAAUGUUGCUGCUUCGGUUGUUCAUGAACAUUUCGUGUUCCGUAAUAAAACUGGCUUUAAAGUCAAAGACUAAAAUAA